UUGCUGGGGCUCAUCGGGUACCACCUCUACCGCAAGGCCAGCAGCCCCAAGCUCUCCAAGAAGAAGCUGAAGGAGGAGAAGAGGAACAAAGCCAAAAAGAAAUAA